AUGGGGGGCUCCGGCACUGCGCCUUUGGCCUUUUGGGGGCUCCUGCUGGGGAUGCUGGUGGUCUUCGCUUCGGAGGGGCUGGGCAUGGAGGAGCCUCCAGAGCAUUUCCUGUACCAGGCGAAGGGCGAGUGCCACUUCUUCAACGGGACGCAGCAGGUCCGCCUCAUCGAUAGGCACUUCUUCGACCGGCAGGAGCUCUUCUGCUUCGACAGCGACCGAGGGAAGGUGGUGGCGGUGGCUGAAAUGAUGGAGUCCGACGUCAAGAGAUGGAACCAGGACAAGGUCUUCCUGCGGAACUGGAUGGCCGUCGUGGACAUUUGCCGGUACUACUACGGGAUCUACGAGCCAUUCUCCCAGGCCCGGCGCGUUCCCUUGAAGCCUCCAGGUCCCUCCCUGCCUAAAUCUCUGACCUUCCUUCCACAUCUCCCUUGCCUCCCUCCCACAGUCCAGCCCAAGGUGAAGAUCACCCCCACAGACAACAUUGAAUCUUCACCACACAACACUCUGCUGAUUUGCACCGUGAACCGCUUCUUCCCUGCGGGGAUCAAGAUCAAGUGGUUCAGGAACGGGAAGGAGGAGCCCAAAGUGUGGACCACGGACCUCAUCCGGAACGGGAACUGGACCUUCCAUAUUGAGGUGGUGCUGGAGACAAAGCCAGAACGUGGAGACGUCUACACCUGCCAGGUGGAGCACGCCAGCUUUGAAGGCCCCGUCACGGUGAAAUGGGAGCCACAGUCGGACUCUGCCAGGAGCAAGCUGUGGACGGGGAUUGUGGGGAUUGUGCUGGGGCUGGUCUUUGGGGCCACUGGACUCGCCCUUUACCUGAAGAACAAGAAAGGUGAGGGUGGGGUGCCAGGGGGAGAGGGAGGGUUGGGUGUGGGGCUGGACUGGGCUCCAGAUAUGAGGGAGAAAUUCAAAAGCAUCUCUGGCUCUGAAGCCUUUGAGCAGAGUACUGCAAAACAUUACUGA